AUGGGUACCACCAAUGACAGCAGAGCUCUCCCUCCUAGCGACAUCGACCUGGUCCAUGUGGUGACUGUGGAUGAGCUUCUAGCCAUGCACCAGCUGCAGCAUGUUGACCUCCUCAAGGUGGGUGCCGAGAUGUCAGCAAUAGGCGGCGCCGUGGCAAGCAUUGCAGCUGGGAGGGUGGGCGUCCUGACCUUUUUGUACGACGGGCACAAUGAGUGGCAGCACGGCAAGCUGCGGGAUGUGAUUGCGCGUAUGGAUGAGCUGGGCUAUGCCUGCUACCUCGCAGGCAAGCAGACUGCAGAAGGCUCCUUAUUGCGCUUGACGGGCUGCUGGCGGCCCAGCUAUGAGACACGCACGCCCAGCACCAUCGUGUGCGUGCCGCGAAGCCAUGCGCUGUACCCUCAUGUGGAGCGCAUGAGCAUGCGGUACAGCCUGUACCGUGAGGAGUAUUUUAAGGAGGAUGCGGUACAGCCUGAAGCAGCACAGCCAGAACAACAGAGCGGCAUGCUAGAGUAG